AUGCGUGUUCAAUCUAAUUUCGAUGCUAUUGUCCACGCAGUUAUCGAUCCGAGGAAUUGUCAAUUCUUUUCUAAUAAUGAAACGUUGGUCAAUGACUCAUCUAACAAACAGAUUCAUUAUCGAUUAGAUGCGUGCCCAUCAGUAAGAAACAUGGUCAAUCGUGAUGGAGAUAGAUUCUUUCAUGGUUUUCUACCUGUCUGGGCAGUUACUCUAUUCGGUAUCGCACUGAUGUUCAUCAUCAUCUUUCUCGCUGGUUUGAUUUGUCAUCUUUCCGGUUGUCGAAAACGACAAGAAGAAUCAACUGUUGAUACAAAUGUAUUAAUGGCGAAGCAGUCGUUACUAUUCGAUGAUAAUCAACUGCAAUUAACUACGAUGGCAUCAUCACAGAAAUCGAAAUUUUGA